AUUAUAAAAUUUGUUCUAUUAACCAAUCAAGUAGUACGUUUAAUUCUGAUGCCAAAAGUGUGACUAGUUUUUAACAACCUCAAUUCGUAAGAAAGGCAAUAGGCCUGCGAGGAUUAAGUGGCGAUUUUUGGGAUUUUUGUUGGUUCAAUGUUGGUGCGUGCGAGAACUUGGUGUCAUCAUUGGCCUUACAAAGUUCUACAUCACCACACGUAAAACAAGAGUUUAAAACAACCCAUCGCCAACAUGGACCAACCCGGUCCACUCGAAAUGGACAAAAUAUGCCGGCUCUGUCUGCAGCAUUUGCAGCUAGGUUCGCUGGUGAACCUGUUCGCCGUCAACUUCUCGAUCCGACCAUCGGAGAUGAUUGCCCGUUGUGCAUCGGUUGAAAUCUACGAAAAAGAUGGUCUGCCGGGUGCGAUUUGCAACGAUUGCUUCUACAAGCUGGGUAUGGCGUUUGAGUUUCGGAAUCGAUGCGAAUCGUCGGAUCAGAAGUUGAGAAGUUAUGUUGUCCGGGAUCAGCCAGCCCAGGUCGUGGACGUGGUCAAAGAUGAUGAAAUCUAUGCAGCGAUGAAUGAGAUUUUCGGGGAAGAUGAAGGACAAAUGGGAGCCAAAGGAGUGGAUAUGUUUUCGGGUUCCAAAUCCGAGGAGAGUUCGGAGACUGGGAAUGGUGCAAGGAAUGUAAAGAAAGUUCAACCCAUAAAGAAGCGGGCACAGUUGGAUGAACUGCUGGUGAAGCAUAGAGCAAAGCUGAAGGAAGACGGCAGGAAAGUGAACAUCUUUCGACAGAGAAAAUCUACCAAAAAGACUACUGACGCAACUGGUACGAAAAGGGGAGCAUUGCUGAAGGUACCGGAGCAGUGCCUGACGUGUGGUAAAACAUUCAACUAUGGUGGAUACUUGCAGGCUCACCAGAGGAUUCACACAGGAGAAAAGCCGUUUGCUUGUCAGAUUUGCCAUCGUCGCUUUGCCCAGUCCGGAAAUCUGCAGCUGCAUCUUCGCAUUCACAAUAAUGAAAGAAAGUAUCAAUGCGAAAUCUGUAGUAAACUCUUCCGAACGUCCAGCAAUCUUCACGCCCAUAGGAAAACGCACUCGGAGGAGAGAAACUUUGCAUGUACGCUUUGUGAACGAGCUUUCAGGACAGCUCAAGAGCUCAGGAAUCAUUCGGAAACCCAUAGCUCGGUAAAAAGCUACGUCUGUCAAUUGUGCGACAAUAAGGCUUUCCAUAAGCAGUCCUAUUUGAAUAGCCACGUUAAGACGGUUCACAUAGGAGUUAAAAGGCACCCUUGCCAAGAUUGUGGCAAGAUUUUCUCCAACAGCUCUAAUCUCAUUGCUCACCGGCGAGUUCAUACCGGUGACAGGCCUUAUAGUUGUAAGGAGUGUGAUGCAAAGUUCACACAAUCUCCGGCCCUACUGAGGCAUAUUAAGGCCAAGCACAGAGCGAAACCAGUUGAACCAGUUAUACCGGAAAGUACAGUGGAAGCUUUAGAACCUUCCAUAGACGUGGAUGAAAAUGCAUCUCUAGACAGUGCCGCUAGCUCGGAACUGUCCGUAGCUACAUCGCUGAUUGAUAACCAAGUCGGGUACAAUCUACCGUACAUGCCUACCUAUGUGCCAUCGCACCCGCAACCAGUUCCACCUGCCACAACAUUACAUCAAAUGCCACAUGUUCAUCAUUCUGCUACGGCCAUGCAGAUGCCACCUGCCACAUCCGGUAAUAUGUAUUCCAAUGAUCUCUAUCAGUAUUCAUCGAACUCUGCACCGGCACUUCAACCACAUCACUAUCAGCAGCAACAUUUGGAUGUAGGAAGCUACGACAUGUGCUACACUAUGCCGACCCACUCUGUGCUGAAUCCGAGCCUGAUGAAUACCCAACCGACUUACAUUUUCGAUCAAUAA